AUGUCGACCUACAAUAUCAGCAUCACGUCAGACGUGGUAUGUCCGUGGUGCAUGGUCGGCCAUUCCAGACUCACCAGGGCCAUUGCCGAGCACAAAAAGACAUUUCCAGAUGAUAAAUUCAAUCUCAAGUACUAUCCAUUCUAUCUCCAACCACCGCCCCAGUAUACCACCACUGGUCCAGUUCCACCACCAUUCCCGGUGAAAUCUCGGCCGCGGCGGGAGAUGUAUAUGGAGAAGUUCGGACCAGAGCGAUCAAAGCAGAUCGAAGCGAUGAUGAAGCAAACCGCCGCCGGGGAGGGACUCAAUUUCAAAUUCGGUGGAAACACUGGGCCCAGCCGGAACGGCCAUCGGCUCGUCUACUACGCACAAAACCAUGGCGGCGAAGAGGCACAGAAUGCAACCAUGCUCGGUCUUUGGAGGAGAUAUUUCGAACAGGAGGUGGACAUCACUACUCUGGAGACUUUGAUCGAGGUUGGGCUGGAAGCUAAGCUCGGAACUAGAGAGGAACUCAAAGAGUACCUCGAGAGUGGCAGGGAUGGUGAGGAGGUUGACAAAAUCGCCGAUGAAGCUAGGCAUAAGGGCAUCAGCGGAGUGCCCAAUUAUGAGAUAAAUGACCUCUGGGAGGUCUCUGGCGCCCAGGAUCCGUUGGCUUUCCAGAAAUUGUUUCAACGGUGGAAGGAUAUGGAGGCCAAGGGACAGGUUCCCAAAGGGAUGGGUGGCGAUGGCAAGCCGGCGAAUGGGAAUGGGUGCUUGUGA